GGCAACGUGAACGGUUUAAACGAAAACGAAUAGCGGUUAAACGUUCGGCUACGCAUCGAAAUAAAGCAGCCAGUGGAGUAAUAUUGCUUUAGCCAAGUGCUGAUGUAUUGGUGAAGUGAGACAAAGUAAGACGGCCAAGACCCAGAAAGUGCACGAAAGCGAGUCAAUAAAGUCAAUAGUGCUUGCGAUAGUAACAACAGUUAUAAGUUGCAGCAACAGCAAGAAGCAAUCGAGUUUCAAUAAAAUGAGCAUUGCACAAAAGCAAUAAAACCGUUAAUAAACAUCCCAUAGUUUGGUGGUGUUGUAGUAGAUUUAUAAUUGCAAAAGUGACAGCAAACCACAAGAAAUCGAUACGAUAGCAGCUAACAAAUACCGUUAAUUAUAAUCUAUGCAUUUGAGUUUAAUGCAGCAAGUAACGUAAGACGACGCCAACAACAACGUACAUACAUACAACGAAGGCAAUAAAAGGAAACUGGGCUAAUUUUCCCAAGCGCCACAAUGUACCAUCGACCAAAAAUAUUUCUAUUCUGCUUGAUUCUGCUCCAAAUCCGACCUUUCUGCACCUAUCCCACUAUCGAUAAACCAUUUCCCGAUUCACGAAACUAUUUGAGCCGAAAUGAGAAGCAAUCACUUUUCAAGCCACCCGAAUUGGAGGAAACCAUCGAGGAAGUGCAAAGAAUUUUGGCACAGGAUCCCUCUUUGCCCCGCUUGACAAGAGGUGAAAUCGAGGAACUCUAUGAGAAGGUGACUCGCGAAGAGUACCAAAAAAGCAUUGCAGCUGGCGAUAUGGGGCGCGCAGAUAGCAUGCGUGCACUCAUGUUGGUGUUACCCUUCAAUACGGACAAUAAUACGGAGGAAAACAUACAGGAGCUCUACACACGUCCGCCUGUCACGAAAGUUAUUGGCGCCUACACAUCACACCCACCCAUCAAAUUCCUUACGCCCGAUCCAAGCGCGCCAGUGAAAAUAGAAACUGCGCCCAUUGGCAAUUUUGCAGCAACCACUUACAAACCUUUUUAUUCACUGAAAACACAAAAGGCGUUUGCACCCAGCCCAACCACAUAUCACCCACCACCGCCAGCGCCAGUCAUAUUUAAGAUGACUUCGCCCACCCAGCACGCACCGAUGGGUUUUCAGCCCGUCACUAAUAGCGCGGCCUACGAAACGCACGUAGAGCGCAAUCCAACCUCGAAACCAGUGCACCGUUAUAGCAGUCAUUACAGCGCUAAGAACGCAGAUUUUCUCAAGCAGCGUAAGCCAAUGCCCCAAACAACAACGGUGCGCCCUGUCGCGGAUGUUUUGGAAAGUUUGGGUAUAGUUGGACAAACACAAUCACGCAAUCGUUUUACGAUCGAUGAUUACUAUGCGGCGGAGAGUGCGCCGCAGCCAGUAAUAUCCACUUAUGUGCCACAAACUGUAAGCAUUUCCAAUCUUAAGGAAUUGCAAGGUUAUAGUCUCUCCCCAAAGAUCAGGCCCGACGCCUAUGCGAGCUUUAAGCCGCUAAAUAUUGGCGAAGAGAUACGCGUAAAGCCGGAGGUGGAGGGUUAUCUCACACGUUUUGGCAUAGUGGGUGGCCGAAAACGGAAGGACUUGAAGAAGGGCAAUAAUUUAAAGGGACACGUUGAGCUUGCGGCUGGUGGAAGUGAGAUAUCGACAGCUAAGUUGCCAAGACUCGGCACAGUAGCUGGUUCGAAUAAAGCAGCCAGCAGUGAACUAGAGAAGUUACUCCAGAAUUUGCAAGAACUUGAGCGUUUAAAUGUCAAUCCAAAAGUAUUAGCUCCUACCACAACUAUUCGACCGACAACCAGUACCACCACCACCACCACCACGACAACUACGCCAGCACCCACAACUCCGAAUUUGAUAACGAACGGGGAGCCUCUGCUAAUUGAACCGAAGAAGCCGCGAAGACGCAUUGAUCCGAAUAUUGAUAUUAAUUUCGGCAGUUUGGGUAAUCACCAGACAGAGGCGCCAAAUACUGACCAACUGAGUAAGCUGCUCGAGAAUCUGCAAGAGCUGGAAAAAUUGCGCAAAAAUCCUAGUAAUGUGCAGAAAACUAUUCCACCGACGACUACGGCUGCCAGUGCCGCACGUGCGGGAGUAUUUCAAUUCGCCGCGCCAACGCCCCCACCACGUACGCCAAGUUUAGUGAAUCGUUUCAACGAACUCGCGCUACAGUCCACACCGGCUACGCGUAGUUCGGCACAAGCGGAUGCUGCACAACUGCAACAGGUGUUGCGCCAACUGCAGACGUUGGAGCAGGCCAAUGCGCGUACUACGAAGAAACCACAGACUCAGCCUGUGCGGGCUGGAGGAGGUUUUUUGGCUGGGCUUGGUGGGCUUGGUGGCCUCGGUGGUGUUGGUGGAUUGGGUGGUGCACUGGCACCCACAGAUGUUUUCAAUUUGCAAAAACUGCUUACCGACGAUCGAGAGCUUGAGCGUUUGUACGAGCAAGCGCGCGCUAAGCAAACUGGCAGAAAGCUCGCGACGACUACAACACCAAAGCCAACAACUACGACUACGCAACGCACUUUAAUAUUGGGCGAUUUGGAUGAUGCUGACUUGCAGCGUCUUUUUGAGCAGGCACGGGCGCGCACUAGUACAACGGUUGCUCCUACAACAACAACCACUACAACAACACCACGAACACCGGCGCCGAGUUAUCGUGAAUUGGCACAGUUGCAGAAAUACUUUGCGGAGUUGGACCGCCCACGCACCAGCACCACAACGUCUACGACUACCACAACAACACCUGCACCUACUACUACGAUGAGCACUAACCCACCAACAACUACUACUUCGACCACCACAAGCACGUUUACAACAACCACGCCAACACCCGCUCUAAGUUCAACCGAUUUGGCACAUCGCAUCACUAACAGUCUUAGUGGACUGAAGCCCAAAAAAUCGGAUGCUGAUAACGAUCAGUUGCAGGAACUCAUCAGCCGCGUGCAACAGCUGGAACGUUUGAACUCAGCCAAGAUCGAAAAUAGUAUACGCGCAACGACAACGGAUACGCCAAUUCCGUUUGUAGGUUUCACCACACGAAAGGUGAAUGCGCCCAACUCCAAGUACGACGACAACCGUGCGCUUUCCAAUGAUUUCGCGCAUUUACAGGAACUCUAUCAGCAGGUGGCAAGUGCAGAACAAGGCGCCUUCGGACGCAUUGAAAUCUCCACAGCUGCCACUGCUGCGAAACCAUCCGCCAAGCGCACGCAGAACUUUGCACAGAAGAUCAUUGACAUCACAAACGAUACCGGCUCUGGUAGCAGUCUACAAGAGGUCGAUCCAAGUGACUUUGUACAGCUACAGAAGCUGUUAAGCAAAGUACAGGAGCUGGAACGUGUAAAGAUCCAUGGCGUGCAGGGUGUUUUAGAACCGGCCGCGCCCACACCAACUGUUAGUAGUUACACACGUGACUUUUCUUCCUUGUCUAAUCUGGUAACUUCCGCAUCCGUGCACACCCCCACCGUUCAUAAUUCUAAUGGCGCACAAAUCAUUUACCCCGAAAAGGCAGAUAAGGCACUUGAGUACAAACCAUUCGAGAAUAUACUUAAGACAGACUCUCAGCAACCGAACACCGCUACUACGGCAAGGUCGCAUGUUGCGAAAAAAGGCAAUGCUGUGGAAGAACCCACAUCCAGCGAGGAGUUGCGUGAGUUGGCCAUGGCGGCACCAGCGAACCCAACGAGCUCGACAUAUGACAAGGAUUUCGAACAUUACCAAGAGUUCUUCAAGAAGCUUGAGGAUGAUGAGCGGAAUUCGUACAAGAAUAUGAAGCCACCAAUGAUAUAUAAGACGGUGACAAAGGAACCGCCACGAUUCAUCGAAACACACAAACCGCAUGAGGUGUCCAAGCAAAAGAGUAGUAAUGUGCAGCAAAAAGCCGAUCUCGAGGAACUCCAGAAGCUUUUGAGCAAUGCGCAGCAACUAGAAAAAUUAGGCGUCACCUUGCCCACAGAGUUAUCGCAACAAAUUGAAUCCAAACUAAUUAAACCAACCCCCAACGGACAACUAGAGAACCAGUUGGAAACAUCCACAUCGAAAUCAGUGCAUAUAGUCAUGGCAGCACAUCCAAAAUCAGAUAGAGAAUUUAACGAUCUAAUGAGUAAUUCAGGGUUACUCCAAAACGACGUCGAACAUAAGUCUACAAGCACUACGUUCCCGACAAUUAAGCAGGAUGUAACAAUUGCCGAGGAUGUUGUGGAAGAAUCUAGCGAAAAAGAAGCGUUCUUUUCACUAACCACGCCAAAAUCGCUCACACCAAGAGAACCCAAGCCCACCACUUCGAGUGCUUUGGAUCUGCCUAUUUUCAGUGCAACAAAAAUUAUUGAGGCCGCCAUCAAACGUGCAGCCAAUAAAAUAGGUGUAUCCACAGAACAGCCACUGGGUUUCCAAAGGCGUAGUGAUACGGAUGUUUAUGCCGACAUGGACCCAGGCAGUAUGGACGAUCUGAUGGGUGAGUUCAGCGAGAUGAAUUAUCAAUUGGCUUCGCCGGAUGUAACCGUAAGUACGCCACAAAGCGAUCCAACAGCAGCAAAUUCGGAAACUGAAGCCAGCCAACAAACUGCAGCUGCGGACGAAUCGGUAGAUAUAACGAAGGAUCUACUAGAACUGCAGCGCUUGAUCGGCAACUUGCAAGAACUGCAAAGUCUAAACCUCACCGUCAAUUCAGCUUUGCUGCGUCAAGCAGACGCUAAGUAUCUGGAAACGUUGAAGAAACAGCAAACAAUGGCAGAUGAUACUAUAAAAAGUCGUCGACAAAGUGUAACUCCCGUUGUACUGGCGACAAGUGAAAGCUCAACGGCGAGCAUAGAUACAAACACCGACGAUUCGGAUAUUUCACCAGAUCCAGUAGAUACUAAGACUGCGGCAAGCGGUUCAAGUGACACCAACAGCGCACCAGAAGACACUACAACUAGCAGUAGCAGCAGCACGUCGACUACGGAGGAGUCGCGCAAUGGUUCACUUGCUGAUCUGGAAGACUCUUUUGGUGGCACCGAUACGAAUAAGGAAGAACCAAAGCCGCCAAAACGUAAGAAUGGUUUCUACUUUCUGGCCGAUUGGAACUCUUUCCUAGAAGUGGGUGAUGGCGAUGAUCAAGUGAUAGUACGUCUGAGUCCGAAAAUAGGCGAUCCACGAUUAUUUAUACCAGUCAAAGUACCAUAAAGAGGAUUCAAGGGGCUGCUGUAGAGUUUAAGUGAAAGUGCAAAAAAGACAACUUUUGUAAAUAUUUAUUAUAAUUAAUUUUAUUCUUAAGAGUUUCUCAAAAGGUGGCUGCAAACUGAUUGGAGUCGAGUACAACUAGAAGUGGUGGGUAGGAGAAGACGUGAAUGAGAGAAAAAUACUAGCAUUUUAAGACAGAAAAAAAUUAGCAUUUUAAGUUGUGGCCUGAGGAUUGGCUUUUUUAAGAUUAAGAAAAUUGCGAUAAUGCGCCUGAGUUCUCGGUGCAUCAAAAAAAAAAAUUGAGCUUUGAUAAGCGAGACAAUUUAAAGCAGUGGGCGUUUUGAGUCAUGCAUUAAUUUGAGUCAAACAUUUUUAGCUUUCCACUAGAGAUAACACUCUGUUGAUCGAGGCGAAGUACUCAAAAUCUUACAAGAUACAACAUGAGCAACAAAUUUGCUUAUGGUGAAUGGCGCACCCAGGCGGAGUUUGGUUUUUCAGUUCAAUUCGUUCACACUAAAUAAUCUUCAACGGAAUGAAAUGCGAAGACAUGUCUUCAUUUUAGUAAGAUUUUUAGCUGAACAAUUUCCGUUAGAAAGAAAUUAUUGUAUAAGUCCCAUAGAGGAAAUUUUAGAAUAAUGAAUCCACAAUUCAAUAGCCAGCAUACAAAAGUUGGCUGGCAAGGGCAGCUAUUUCAAUUACUUUCCAACGAUUAGAGGGCUUCGUUUGAUAAGCCUGGAGCAGAGGUACCUUGAUUUUUACUCAUUUAGCGUGGACCCUCCAAGUCUUCGGAGGACUUUGACCAACAUUUUGUAAAAGCUUAACUUAGUAGAAUUUAGAAAGUGAGUUUUAAAAAGUUGUCAAGCUGCAACAGAAAUAGAGUCGAUUCAGCUCCUUUUAGAUCGAUGACCUGGAACGCAGUCGAAGCAACACAUCUAAUUGGUUUCGUAACUAACCGGGUAGAGAUAAUGGUGGCGAUAGUGAUAGUAGGCGAGAUAUCUCUAAACGGGGAGAUAUUUUGAUAAAUUACAGGCUCUUUGAUACAGGCUCUUUGGAUAGUUUGAAGCACGGCCUCUUGGCGUGCACGUAAGGCACUUUGGAUAUUAUUGCAACUGAGAUUGGGAAUGGGUUUCUUAAAGACUCCCUUUUAACAUUUGCUAACCUAAGUCAGCGAGCGGAUGUGAGCUGAAAAUAGCCUGAGCAAAUCAGAUGUUCGAGAUAUUGUGGCUUAAAAUUGCAAAGAAAUUUGUUUGUGCUAUAAUCGAGGUCAUGUCAUUAUCAUCAUUGUUUCCUUGAAUUCCUAGCGACAUAUAGGGCACCAAAAACCCCUAUGCGCCAUCUCCACCGAUUACUGGACAAGGCCUGCAUUUCUUUUCAGCUUAACCCGAGUUGAGCUGUCUCGCGAUCCACAGUUCUUUUAUAAGUUUCUCUUGUUCUACAAGGCGGUCUGCCUCUCGCUGUGAGUUCAAUUCCAUAGCCUUCUUCGCUAUGUUACCGUCUUUUUUGCGUGAAGUGUGACCAGUCUACUUCCAUUUCUGCCUUCUAAUCCAAAGGCCUAACGGCUCCAUGUUUACUUUUUCGAGUAAUUACUUAUUUGGUAUUAUUUUUGGCCAUAAAACUCAGGAUAUAAAAUUUAGAUAGCGGUUGACAACAACUUGUAAGCGACUGGUUAUAAUGGUGGUAAUUUUCCAGGUAGAGCUAUUAUAAAGCAGUACCGACAGCCUUUGACUUCAUGAGUCUAACCUUUAAACUAGAACUCAGGUUGUUGUUUCGCCAUACAGGGUACAACAUCCCGAAUGUCCCUCUGGUUUUUUCCAUUCGGGAACGUACAGCCGUGCCAUUGCUCGUGGCAUUGUUUCGAUAGGGUUACCUGCAAUAUCCACACACCCACCCAUCUUAUUUGGCAGACUCAUCAUCUUCAUCUUGUCAAAAUUGAUUUUAAGGCCAGCAACCUAGUUUCUCUACGAAGCGCGGAACCCAUUUCGUUAAGCCCGGUUAGGCGAUGUGCUAGGAGGCAUAUGUCGUCAGCGUAAGCUGUGUGUUGUAGCGUGUCGUCCAUUUUAGACCGCAGUUUUGAAGAGAGCUAAAGGCUGCUGCGAAGACGUCUCCUAUUACUAAGAGGAAUAACACGAGCGAUAGAGUACAUCCCUUGUGAACUCCGUUUCGAACUUCGAAUGGCUCCGACAGCUUACCCUUGUAUCGCACACGGCAUCUAGCGCCAUCAUAAUUGAGGUUAUGUAAUAUGAAAUAUUUUCCUUUGAGGUCAAAGUACAACCAUUUCCCUUUUAAACCUAUUUCGAUGAGUAAAAAAGGUUUUUAUUUAAAUCUGGGACAUUUUCUAUUAAUCUUACAGGGAUUUGUAAAAUUCGUCGAUAAGCGGAUAAAGAGAAGAAUACAAAACUGGCAUGAGCUACUCUAAGGCCAACUGGCACGCUUUCAUUUAAGCAUACUUAAAAAAAAUUUAAAAAGGUUGAAAUUCAAAAACAAAAAAAAAUACUAAACAUUUUAAUUGAAAAAAAAUUUUUAAAUAUAUAAAAUGGUCGAAAUUUAAAAAAAAAUUUAUAAUUUUAAUUCAAAAAAAAAUUUAUAAAAAUCAAAAAAACUCUAAAAAGUUUAUAAAAUAGUCGAAAUUUAAAAAAAAAAUUUAAAAAAUUUUAAUUGAAAAAAAAAAGUUUAAUUGAAAAAAAAUUAUUAAAAAUAUUAUUAUAA